AUGGCAGCAGUCGCGUACGACAACAACAACAACAACCAUAAUUAUGCCCCAGGCAGACGCCAUUCGGUCUACCAUAAUAAUGAGAAGGCUCCGCAGGCUGCUAUCAUGCCCAAGGGAGCGCGCGCCCGCAGCCAGAGCGUCAGAGUCAGCAACGGGAGCAACGGCACCGUCAGCACCAACACCAGCAUGUCGUCCGGGAAGAUGUCACAAGCAACCAAUAUCACCCAGCCGCCUGCAUACUCCAAGAAGUUCGUCGUGGUGGGCGACGGAGGCUGUGGAAAGACUUGUUUGUUGAUCAGCUAUUCGCAGGGAUACUUUCCAGAGAAAUAUGUUCCCACCGUCUUUGAAAACUACAUCACGCAGACUACACAUGGCCGGUCGGGCAAGACGGUGGAACUCGCGCUGUGGGACACUGCCGGCCAGGAGGAGUACGAUCGACUGCGGCCGUUGUCAUAUCCAGAAACAGAUCUCUUGUUUGUCUGCUUUGCCAUUGACUGUCCCAACUCGCUAGAGAACGUAAUGGACAAGUGGUACCCGGAAGUCCUCCACUUUUGCCCAACAACGCCGCUCAUUCUCGUUGGCCUCAAGUCGGACCUUCGCAACAAGCGCACAUGCAUCGAACUCCUCAAAACGCAGGGACUCACGCCAGUCACGCCCGAGCAAGGCCAGGCCGUUGCCCAUCGCAUGGGUGCUGCCUACAUUGAAUGCAGCAGCAAGGAGAUGACCGGCGUUGACGAGGUAUUCCAGCUGGCUGUCAACACCGUGGUUGGAGUCGAAGAACAGGGAUUCUACAGUUCCAGCACUGGUCCUACUGGUAAGAGUGGGCCAGGAGGACGCAAGGUUAAGAAACGUACCUGCAAAAUUCUAUAA